AUGUCCAAUAUAUUGGAAAAAUCGCUAGACGACAUAAUUGGCGAAAAAGGAAGUCAAAGAAAGUUUAUACCCACAAGGAGAAGAGGGUUGUCGCUGUCUCGCCGCUCAAACAAUAAUGGUCACCCAUAUAGGAGACAUCCACCCUUACCCCAUCGAGGAGUCGCAGACGUUUAUAUUCCACGAGCUACUUCCUCCUCCUCCUCCUCCUCGUCUGUUCCUAGGGAUGUGCUACAAAUGGCAGAUGGACGUCCCACAUUACGUUUGAAAAACAUUCAUCCUGAAUUGAACGGUGAGGAUUUGAAUAAAUUAUUCAGUUCUAUUAACGACGUUGAUUUUAUCAAGUUCGACGAAGAGAAUGAUACAGUUGCAUAUAUUUGUUUCCAAAAUGACUGCGAAAGAAGUAAUAGGGCGGCUAUAGAGAAGUAUGAUGGGAAAAAAGCCAUGGGUAAGAUUUUGAUUGUUGAAAAUGCUGUCAAUAUGAGUUUGGCGGAACGGAUCACUGUUGCUCCUUCUAGAAAUACUGAUAUAUUUACAAGAGAUAUUGGUGAUAGAGGCCUGGGUACUAGUGGAAGAAGUCGAAGAGGAAGAGGCAGAGGUGGGUUGCAUGGAAGAGGAAGAGGACGAGGAAGCCAUCGCUUUGGACCAAAGAAAAGUGCCGAGGACUUGGAUAAGGAGUUGAAUGAAUAUAUGGGCCAAAAUGGUGAUGAGCAAGAAUCAAUGGCGGCCAUUGAGCAAGCUCAGGAAGAAAUGAAUAUAGAUUGA